AUGAGAUUAGUUUUGCGAUUGGCUCGACCAGUUGGACGACGAUUUUUCAGCAGUGCUGAAUCAGCUACGGUUCGUUUUUUUUUAAAAUUAUAUUUGUAAAAUUUAAUAAUAAUUUUCUAUGUUUCAGGCCAGCUACACUCUUCCUGAAAACGGAACUCUCUAUGAAAUCGAUCGCGAUGCCACCAAACAACUAAACUUUCGAACUCAUCUACCAAGUGGUCUUCGAAAACAAUUAGAUACAAUUGGAGAAUUAGUCACUCUUGUUAGAGAACCACUUCUCGAAGUUUCUUCUUGUAUGCGAGCUGUUGAUAAAACUAUCCCAACUCUUCGACUUGUUUUGUGGGGACCUUUUGGAACUGGAAAAACUGUUACUUUGAAUCAAGCAGUUCAUCAUGCAUAUCAAAAUCAAUGGGCAAUUGUGAACUUGCGAUCAGCAAUGGAUCUUACACGACAAGUUAAAGAGAUUGAAAUGUGUACUUAUGUUCCUGGAAGAAUUAAUGAUCCUUCAAAUGCUAUUUCAAUUCUUCAAAAUUUCAAACAACAAAAUCAACAUAUUUGGAAGAAAUUGGCUGAACUUCAAACAGAACGAGAUUAUGAAUGGUCGAAAAGCGAGAAAACUGCACAAAACAAACCAAUAACAGAUAUUGUUGAGAUGGGAAUAAGUGCACCAUUUUUGGCGACUGAUUGUGUUGGGGCACUUUUCCGAGAAUUACGAAGACAUGCGAAAAAUGAUGGGAUCAAGGUUUUGGUGGCAAUCGAUGAUGCAAAUUCGCUUUGGGGAAAAACUUUGGUGAAAAGAGCCGAUAGAACUUAUGCGCAACCACACGAUUUGUCGCUUGUUGUACAUUUUAGGUGAGUAUUUUUGAAGGGAAAAAUUGGGAAAAUUCACUGUUUCAAGGUUUCUAUGUAAUUAUUGAAUUGAUAAGUGUUUUCAUUUGCCGAAAAAACAUUGAACUUUUUGACUUUUGGGAGCUCAAUUCAAAAAAUAAAUUGAGCUAUAUUUGAAAAUCGGGAAUUCGUAGUGACUCCGAAACGACGAUUUAUAAUUUUUAUCCAUAAAAUUGAGCUAUAUUUAAAAAUCGGGAAUUCGUAGUGACUCCGAAACGACGAUUUAUAAUUUUUAUCCAUAAAAUUGAGCUAUAUUUAAAAAUCGGGAAUUUGUAGUGACUCCGAAACGACGAUUUAUAAUUUUUAUCCAUAAAAUUGAGCUAUAUUUAAAAAUCGGGAAUUCGUAGUGACUCCGAAACGACGAUUUAUAAUUUUUAUCCAUAAAAUUGAGCUAUAUUUAAAAAUCGGGAAUUUGUAGUGACUCCGAAACGACGAUUUAUAAUUUUUAUCCAUAAAAUUGAGCUAUAUUUAAAAAUCGGGAAUUUGUAGUGACUCCGAAACGACGAUUUAUAAUUUUUAUCCAUAAAAUUGAGCUAUAUUUAAAAAUCGGGAAUUUGUAGUGACUCCGAAACGACGAUUUAUAAUUUUUAUCCAUAAAAUUGAGCUAUAUUUAAAAAUCGGGAAUUCGUAGUGACUCCGAAACGACGAUUUAUAAUUUUUAUCCAUAAAAUUGAGCUAUAUUUAAAAAUCGGGAAUUUGUAGUGACUCCGAAACGACGAUUUAUAAUUUUUAUCCAUAAAAUUGAGCUAUAUUUAAAAAUCGGGAAUUCGUAGUGACUCCGAAACGACGAUUUAUAAUUUUUAUCCAUAAAAUUGAGCUAUAUUUAAAAAUCGGGAAUUUGUAGUGACUCCGAAACGACGAUUUAUAAUUUUUAUCCAUAAAAUUGAGCUAUAUUUAAAAAUCGGGAAUUUGUAGUGACUCCGAAACGACGAUUUAUAAUUUUUAUCCAUACUCAAUUCAAAAAAUAUUGCAAAAAUUCACUGUUUCAAAAAUUUUAUAUUUUUCUGAAUUGAUUUUUCGAAUAAUUCAAUUGUUACAAUUAAAUAUAACAAUUCAUUGAUGAUUAUCUUUGAGUUCUAAAUUUUAUAAAUAUUUGAACUUUGAAAACUAUCCAAAAAUGACAAAUUGUUUACAGAAGAAUGAUCUCAAACGAUUGGUCAAAUGGUUGUGUUCUAAUGGUUGCUGACAAAAAAGAAGUAUCAGAUGCAAAUAAUCAAUUAGAAGUUCCACGAAUCACACCAUUGGAAUUAUUUGGUGAAGAAGGAUUCGAACAUAUUGAACCAGUUAUUCCGAUUGAAACAACAAAUUAUACCGAAAAAGAAACUGAUGCGAUUUUUGAAUAUUAUGUCAAGAAAAAUUGGUUGGCUAGCGAGGCUGGUUAGUUUUUUUUUACUGCAUUUUUUUUGAAAAAUAAAUCCUUAUUUUGAGUCACCUAAAAUCAUCUCUUCUCUAAAUUUGAGAUCAACAUUUUCAGCCGAUUCUAAAUAAUGUUCCCUUCCAUUCUAAAAAUAAGUUACCAUAAAUCCAUAUUUUUGCAGCUCGAAGUGAGGAUGGUCGAAAACAAUUGAUGUAUUUGAGUGCAUUCAAUCCACAUUAUUAUGAGCGAUUAUGUGCAUUCAACUAGCUUUUUUUCUAUAGAAUUUCUAUUGUUAGUUAGGAUUAUCUUUUUCGUUUUUGUUAAUAUAUAUUUUCCUUAUUUUUAUUAUUAUUAAUAUUUAUUUUCUCUUGGAUUCACUUGGGUUUUCAGCCCUUAUAUUAUUAUUACGUUAUUUCUGGAAUUUUCUCCAAAAAUACCACCUUUUUUGACGAAAAAUCCCAACCAAUUACACCUCGUUUAUAUAUGUAAAUAUAAAUAAUUUAUAGUGAUGCUCAAAUUUCGUCUCGGAAUUAUUUCUGUGCGAAAAUCGUCAUCACAAUGGGUGAAAUCGGCCGAAUCCUCGGUAAAUGUCGAAAAAAUGUUCAUCGAACCGGAAGUGCAAAAAUUGUUGACCGAAUUGACAGAAAUCGAUAUGGAGAAUAAGGUUUUUCGACCAAGAAGGACAUCGAUUCAACAAAGAUCACAUUUUGCAUUGAUGACUGAUGAACGAUUGGAAAAGGUGGGAAAGAUUUUUGAGAGAAAAAAUUUUUGAAAUUAGAGUUAAUUUUUCAAAAACAAGUCAUCAUUAAAAAAAAUACAUUAAUUUCAAAACAUUUUUGGACCCGAAAAAAAAUGAUAAAUUCAGAAAUUCUAGGAUUUCUGCAAAUUUCAAAGCUUAUUAAAAAAUAGUUUACUUCCCAGUUUCGAGAAAAAACGUUUUUUUUUGUAUGAAAAUAUCAGAAAAUGUGAACUUUAUCAAUUUUCAUCCCAUUUUAACUUAUAAUAAAAUUUGCAGACCCGCGAGCGGAUGCAAGAAGAAGCUCGUCGUUUCCUCCAAUUUGUUCCCGUCAAAGAACCACGUCAAGAAAAUGUGCAAAUUCUAUCAAAAGACAAAGAACUCGAAGCAUUUGAUACCAGCAAAUUUGUCUUCACAGAUAUCACUUUCGAUGCAACUGAUCAAGAUCGUACUGUUGUUGUUCGAGAACCAGAUGGAACAUUGAGAACUGCAAAUCCAGAAGAACAUGAUCGAAUGAAUCGAACAUAUUAUCAAAAACCAAAUCGACCAGUUCAACCACCUCCACUUUUUGAAGAUCCAUUUUUGAAAGAUGCGCUUGAUCGAAAUGAACAUGAAUUUGUAUUAGAUUGGGCUUGUUGGUUCUACGAACCUGAUGAUCCGUCAUUUAUUCGCUUAACUCAUCAGAUUUUCGAUAGAAUUAAUGAAUCCGAAAAAUUCCAUGUUCUAACAUCAACCAGACAUUUUGGAACAUUUGUCUUCUAUUUGGCACUAAAUGAUAAUAUUCCGAAAUUGUUGAAUUAUUUCGGAGGAUUGGGAAGGUUAACAGAUUGCGCGAAUUUGAUUCGACUUCAGAAAACACUUCGACCAGAUUGGCGGGUUACAAUUGCACAAGGAGAUUCGAAUGAGAAAAUUGUGAAGGAUUUUAUUAAACAGAAUCAACGAUUCAAAGAUGUUAUUCAGGAUUUGUUGAAUUUUGUGAAUAAUGGACAAUUGAAAGCGGAUAAUCAAAAACAUACAAGAGAAAGAAUUGGUGGAGGAGGACAAUCGACUAGUGGAGCAAUUGGAGGAACGGGCGAUAAGAGAAGAGUGAGUUAUUUGUAUUCACUUGAAAAAUUGCAGAACUCUUGAAAUGUUUUCAAACAACACUCCGCGAUUUCACCUUGAUAACUCUCCAUAAAUACUGAUCUUUCUAGGCUCGUAUCCACUCUGGCAAUAUUCGUAGUUCUGAUGGUCCGCUCGGCGAUCUCAGCGAUGAAUAUUCGGUAAAAGUUGUGAAAAGUGAAGGAACCGGUGAAACGCAUGAAAAACCAACGAAAAAUGAUCGAAAAACUGGUGGAAGAUGGGGAAAUCGCCCGAAAAAUGAUAGAAAUUCGAAGAAAAAUGAUGAGGAUGAAUAA